CGACUUUGAGUUUGUGAGUUCAAAUGGUGAUUUCGACAGAGCUAUGAGGUGUCAGUCUGAACUGUCUGUGUCUGAAGUUUCUCAAUUUACUACUGCAUGUCAUGUCGCUGACGGAGAUAGUCCAGUCCCUUGUCUUUGGCCAGACUAUGAGUACAUAAGAAUUAGUAAUGCUGUCGAUAGUAUAACUCGAGGAUGGAGUGGAAUGAGAGUAUCUGAUGAAGGUGGUCGUAGAGCACAUUACUUGUGGAGAAGAUGGGAAACUCCAGAGGAAGGAUAUAUCAACUGUCAUAUGCUUGAUGACAUUAAUCCUGUAUUAGGGCUGUACAUCCUCUACCCCAUCACUGAGGUAACUGCAGCUAUUGAGGUGGAGGCGGAAACAUCGACAUUCAGAGUGAGGUGUACCUCCACUGGUGGGAGAGCUCUGAACAUGGCUGUCUCUGGACCUAAUGGAUUCAACUCUGACAUCAGUACCAACAUACAGGCAGUGGGUACUAGGAGGUACCUGGGCAGUGACAGAUACACUGCCAUGACAGAUGUCAUAUCCAGUGGCAGAGUUGGAGAUGUAUUCCAAUGCAAUGUCACUAGUGUUACAUCAACAACUGCUAAUGUAACUGUAGGAGCUGUCAUAACCUCACUGGAGCAAACAGCUCCCACUACUGUUAGAGUGACCUGGUCU